CAGACGAAGAGAAUUAUCGUAGUUAUAUCUACUACAUUGUACUAUGGUAUAUUAAAAAAUUGGAUAUAUAUACUGUAUACUAUAGCGUAGCAGUAGUACUAUAACAGUAUACUACAGCAUACUAUAGUAUGGUAGUAAUAAGAUAGCGGUAUUUUGUUCGUUAUAUUAUAGUGCAAUGUAAUGAUAUAUGUUAUGUGUGGCUUGACUUAUUUAAGCAGAGAAUUCGUAUCGUUGUAUGUGAGAGAAAAUGUACACGAAUCCAGGCUCCAAGACCGAACGAACAUCCCCCCGUAGUGGCUCCUCUCCUGACCCUCGGUUAAUUAUUCAUUUACCGCAAGUUCCACACUCGUUCAUUUGCUUACUACACACCUCUUGUCAGAUACUGACUCAUGACUCACCUACUAUUUCAUGUCCCAUACACCUUUCUCUGUUUCAAACAGAACUGAGGAGGACUGAGUGCCUACCCAGUAGGCUCAGUAGUCCGUCCCUAUCGAUGGUUAUCAAGGUAAUGCUAAUCCCAUAUUAUAUCAAUACUCCUCAUAUUUUGUAUACUCGUCUUUUGUAACUUUGAAAGAUUUGGUUUUACAUAACGGGCAAUGUCCGGUGAUCAGUUAAAAAAAAAAAAAAAAAGAAAUUUGCGAAACGUAUGAAAAACUAAAUCUUUCAAAUGAGUGAUUAUGUAGUCGGUUUGUUAGCUAUAGCCCGAUAUUGUGACUUUCACCUGUAUAUGUAUCGUUGUACUUAUAUUUUUUAUUACUUAAUUCACUUGGGAUUGCAGUGAAAAAUUAAAAAGAAUA